AUGAGAACAAAUCCGAAAUCAUCGGGUAUUUCAAAUAAUAGUUUAGAUCGAAAUGGUAUACCGAUUAGUGUUAUACCAUCAUCAAUGAUCAAUGGAGAUAAUUCAUCUAUAAAUGAUAUACAAUUGAAUGAUAACGCACCUUAUAGAAGUUUUAUUUCAAAAUUAAUUCCAAAUUUUCUUCGAAAAAAAGAAUCAAAUGAAAAUGAAGAUAAUGCUUAUGCUGAACAAUAUGAUGAUAAUAAUAUGUUAAUACCAUCAGAUAGCAAAGAUUUACAUAGAAAUUUAAAAGAACGACAUAUGAUUAUGAUUGCAUUAGGUGGAACUAUUGGUACUGGAUUAUUUUUAGCUUCUGGACAAGCAUUAGUAUCAGCUGGUCCUGCUGGAGCUUUAGUUUCUUAUUUAGUUAUUUCAGUUAUGGUUUAUUUUGUUAUGACAAGUUUAGCUGAACUUGCAACACAAUAUCCAAUAAGUGGUUCAUUUAAUACAUUUGGUAGUCGUUUUGUUGAUGAAGCAUUUGGAUUUGCAUUAGCAUAUAAUUAUUAUUUUUCAUGGGUAACAACAAUAGCGGGAGAAUUAGUAGCUGCUGGUCUUAUUAUACAAUAUUGGUUACCUGAUUUUCCUAGUAUUAUUUGGUCAAUAUUAGGAAUGUUAAUUAUGUUUUUAUUGAAUGCAUUUACUGUUAAAGGUUAUGGAGAAGCUGAAUAUUGGUUUGCAAUGAUUAAAGUUGUGACUGUACUUUUUUUUCUAUUAAUUGGCGUUUUAGUUGAUGCUGGAGCUAUGGGAAAACCAAGAAGAACCAUUGGUUUUGAAAACUGGAGAAAAGGUGAAGCACCUUUUGUUGGAGGAGUUGCAGGUAUUAUCACAACAUCAAUUAUUUCAGGUUUUGCUUUUCAAGGAACAGAAGCUGUUGGUAUAGCUGCUGGUGAAAGUGAAAAUCCAAAGAGAGAUGUUCCUCGUGCAAUGAAUGGAACAAUAUGGCGUAUAAUAAUAUUUUUUGUUGGUGCUAUUUUUGUAAUGGGUUUAGUUCUUCCAUAUGAUGAUCCACAAUUAAAACAAAUAGAUGGUGUUAAUACUAUUGCUGUAUCACCAUUUACAUUAGUUUUUAGUAGAUCUGGUAUACCUGGUGCAAAUCAUAUAAUGAACGCUGUUAUUUUAACAACAAUAUUAUCAGCUGGAAAUUCUGGUCUUUAUUUAUGUACAAGAAUCUUUUGGACAUUAUCUAUGGAAGGUAAAGCUCCAAGAAUAUUUCGUCGUAUAACAAAAGGUGGAAUUCCAAUAUAUUGUCUUAUAUUAACAACUGUUCUUGCAAGUUCAUUAUUUGGUUUAUCAUUUGUUGGAAAUAGUACUGUUUAUAUAUGGCUUGUUAAUAUGACAAGUGUUAUGGGUUUUAUUGCUUGGUUUGGUAUUGCUAUAGCACACUGGAGAUUUCGUCGGGCAUAUAUUUUACAGGGUUAUUCAUUGAAUGAUCUUGUUUAUAAAGCUUUAUUUUUUCCAGUUGGACCAUUUUUAGCAUCAGCACUUAUUCUUAUUUGUGUUUUUGGACAAGGUUAUUCAUCAUUUAAAACAGUAGAUGUUAAUUGUACACAUAUAGAUAGUGAUAAUUAUUUACAAAUCAAUAAAUUUCAAUUUAAUAAUAUUAUAUUUAAUGAUAGAAAUUCCACAUGUACAAAAACUGAAUUUAAUUUAUCAAAUUUUCUCUCAGGAUAUGUUAUAUUGCCUGUUUUAGUUCUUAUGUUUUUUAUUUAUAAAUAUGUUCACAAAACAAAAUUUGUUGCACUUAAAGAUAUGGAUUUAAUAACUGAUAGUGUUAUGGAACGUGAACGAUUACGAAGAGAAAGAGCCAAUAUCUAA